UGUAAAAUGAUAAGAAAGAUAUUUUAAUCUCUCAACCUUACAAAACAAAAAUCCUAAAACCUUCCCACUUCACAGUUCACUCAUCCUCUCAGCUUCCCGCUCUACACUCAAAACAAUCAUUACUUGUAUGGAAAAAAUUCUAGGGUUUCAAGUAAUUUGUCACCUUUAAGCUGUUGCUGGAGUUUUUAGAGAGUGUACACAAAGGAAAAUAAGAGACACAUGCAGUCAGGGUUUUUGGGAGGUUUAUCCAUUUCAUUACACUUUCAAAAAAUGGCUGCUUUUAGUGCUAUCUCUCUUUGUCCUUACAGUCUUUUGCACCGUCCUCCUACUCAAAUGUCUUACAUUUCUUGCUCUGUUACCUCUCCUUCAACUAUAGGUACUCAUGGGUCGAAAGCGCCCCGCAAAAGAUCAGGAAGAAUGGAAGGGGUUGGGAAAAGUAUGGAGGAUUCUGUUCAGCGCAAGAUGGAACAGUUUUAUGAAGGGUCUAGUGGUCCACCACUUCGCGUUGUUCCUAUUGGUGGCCUUGGUGAAAUUGGGAUGAAUUGUAUGCUUGUUGGGAAUUACGAUCGCUAUAUACUAAUCGAUGCUGGUGUUAUGUUUCCUGACUUUGAUGAGCUUGGAGUCCAAAAGAUUAUACCUGAUACGACAUUUAUAAAAAGAUGGAGCCACAAAAUUGAAGCUGUUAUUAUAACGCAUGGGCAUGAGGAUCACAUUGGUGCGUUGCCUUGGGUUAUACCAGCUUUGGAUGCUCGAACACCGAUUUAUGCUUCAUCUUUUACAAUGGAGUUGAUAAAAAAACGCCUCAAAGAGCAUGGAAUUUUUCUUCCAUCUAGAUUAAAGGUCUUUAAAACAAAGAAGAAAUUUGCAGCUGGGCCUUUCGAAGUAGAGCCACUUAGGGUGACUCAUUCUAUUCCUGAUUGUUGUGGACUCGUACUUCGUUGCUCUGAUGGUACAAUUCUUCAUACUGGGGACUGGAAGAUAGAUGAAUCACCACUGGACGGCAAAGUCUUUGAUCGUGAAGCAUUGGAGGAACUCUCCAAAGAAGGAGUGACAUUGAUGAUGAGUGAUUCAACUAAUGUACUUUCACCUGGAAGGACACUUAGCGAAAGUGUAGUAGCAGAUUCAUUAUUAAGACAUAUUUCAGCUGCAAAAGGAAGAGUCAUCACUACCCAAUUUGCAUCAAACAUACAUCGCCUGGGAAGUGUAAAAGCUGCUGCUGACUUGACUGGCAGAAAGUUGGUCUUUGUUGGCAUGUCCUUAAGAACAUAUCUGGAUGCAGCUUGGAAGGAUGGAAAAGCACCUAUCGAUCCAUCCACUCUGGUGAAAGUGGAAGAUAUCGACGCCUAUGCUCCAAAAGAUCUGCUGGUUGUAACAACUGGAUCACAAGCAGAGCCACGUGCUGCAUUGAAUCUUGCAUCAUAUGGGAGUAGCCAUUCCUUCAAAUUGAACAAGAAUGAUGUAAUUCUAUAUUCAGCAAAGGUAAUCCCUGGCAAUGAAUCUAGGGUGAUGAAAAUGAUGAACCGUAUCUCGGAGAUUGGAUCAACUCUGGUAAUGGGUAAGAAUGAGCUCCUGCACACAUCUGGCCAUGGCUAUCGAGGAGAACUUGAGGAAGUUCUAAGGAUCGUAAAACCACAACACUUUCUUCCAAUUCAUGGAGAACUCUUGUUUUUGAAAGAGCAUGAAUUGCUUGGGAAAUCAACUGGCGUUCGACAUACCACUGUUAUUAAGAAUGGAGAGAUGCUUGGAGUUUCCCACUUAAGGAACAGAAGAGUUCUAUCUAAUGGUUUUAUCUCCCUUGGGAAGGAAAAUUUGCAGCUGAUGUAUAGUGACGGUGAUAAAGCAUUUGGCACAUCUACUGAACUAUGCAUUGAUGAGAGACUAAGGGUUGCAACAGAUGGCAUUAUAGUUGCUAGCAUGGAAAUUUCACGCCCACAAAAUGCAGAUAGCCUCAUUGACAAUACAAUAAAAGGAAAAAUAAGAAUCACAACACGGUGCUUGUGGCUAGAUAAAGGGAAGCUUUUAGAUGCUCUCCAUAAAGCUGCCUAUGCUGCACUUUCAAGCUGUCCUGUGAAUUGUCCUUUAUCACACAUGGAAAAGACAGUGUCUGAAAUUUUGAGGAAGAUGGUUAGAAAGUACAGUGGUAAAAGGCCGGAAGUUAUUGCCAUUGCUAUUGAAAAUCCAGCUGGAGUUCUGUCUGAUGAGCUGAAAAGAAAGAUAUCUGGUAACUCUCGCUUUGGUUUCGAUAAAUCAACCAUAAAAAAUGUGGUUGAUGGACGUCCAAAGAAAUAUCAAUCGGAAAAGGCCCAAGCAGAAAGCAGUGGCUAUAGACAAGCAGAUAAUACAUCGCAACAUGAAUUGGAAGUUGAUGAUAGUGAAGUUGGAAGACUACAACCAGAUGACAGGAUCUCCCCUUCAACUUCCAGUUCAGUUGUCAGACUUCCCUCCGACUCUAAGGAUGGAGAUGAUUUUUGGAAAUCGUUUGUGUCACCAUCUGAUUUGGGUCCCACUAACAAUACAGUUCCACAAUUGGAACAUAUAGAAAAGUUGAAGGACGAUGCCAGUAUAAGCAGUGACGAGGAAUCCAUGGAAGUGCAGGAUGAUAAAUCAAAACCUUCCAAGAAAGUGAGAAGGAACAAAUGGAAACCUGAAGAGGUUAAGAAACUGAUAAAAAUGCGUGGGGAAUUACAUGAUAGAUUCCAAGUUGUCAAAGGGAGGAUGGCUCUUUGGGAAGAGAUAUCUAAUAACUUGAUAAUUGACGGUAUUAAUCGAAGUCCUGGGCAGUGCAAAUCAAUGUGGACGAAUCUAGUUCAAAAAUACGAGGAAAUCAAAAGCGACGAGGAAGGCCAAAAAAGCUGGACUCAUUAUAAAGACAUGGAUGAAAUUUUAUCUGCUUUUCCAGCAAUAACAAAAUGAUUGGAAGAUUGCAUUAAAUGUUUUGCAAGACUGCUCAACAGCCUAAGUAUGUCAAAUUAUAGCUUCGAGCGUUACGAAUCGGCUGAUAAAAUGAGCACAGCCACUUGAUCAGGUAUACACACAAGAAUUAGGGCUAAUAUUGAAGGCUUAUAGAGCCCACAUUGGAUUGUUUAAUCAGAUACACCUCUUGAAUAACAAGAGAGAGAAAUGAUAUUGACAUUGUAGCCAUUGGACCCUUCUAUGAAAUGGUCAUCUGGUAGUAUAGCAUUUGAUUAUUGUGAUUGUGGUUACUUCUUUAUUACAUUUAUAAAAUUUUGACCUUGUUUAA